GGCGCCAGAAAGCAACCCCGGCCGCUAGGAUCCAGUGGCUUGGGACGCUGCCCCGAUGAGACAACGUCCACAAAAACGGUGUUAGCGCAUCAAGAAAGAACCACAACGGGCUUACCUAACACACGUGCCCAUGGGCAUGCAAGCUUUAUUCAUGAAACUGGAUGUAUGGAUUGGGUUUCGGGGUAAGAUGGGAUACAGAUAAUCAUCAAAAAUCCCGCCUUGACCUCCACUGCUUCUUUAUUUCCCCCUCCCCGCUUUCACCAAAAUGGUGGUGCGUUUCUAAACAUCGUCUUCAUGCGGGGGCUGACGAAGUCUCACAGCUCAGAGCAGCCACAAUGUGGCUCUGUGGCGGGCUCUUGGCGGGCAGGUCUCCAAGUCCUGGUUAGAUCUGGAAAUCUGGAAAUCUGGCCCAAGCUCUCCAUUGCCAAGGCACGGUGGGGCAGCUACUGGCACAGGCCAGUUUGAAAGUUUGGGGAAGCAGGGGUCAUUGAGAGAUACGUGUACGGAACUUGACCUUAACCUUUCUUGCAGAACGCAAAAAGUGCCAGAACCAACAUCCCACCUAUUCUCCGAGAGCAUCAGCACGGUAUUGCAGAAGGAGCAAUCGUGAUCCCGACACUGGCACUUGGUCCAUUGGUUUCGAUUAUACGAACCGUUUGAGCAAUUGGACGCAAACACGAGCUCGCGACUCCCCUCCGUCACCCCUCCCGCACCGCAUCGCCAAAGGAUCGCAACGAGCGCAACUCGGAUAGACACAGUCCACCAUGCAGGCCCCUCCUCCAAAUGGGCAAAUGCCCAUGCCCACCCCAGAACAGAUCCAAGAGAUGCAGAGGCGACUUGCUGCCGAUGCUCAGGCUGCCGGCAUGACAGUUCCAGAGUUCAUUGAACACAUCAAAAGACAGCAGUAUGAGCACAUGAUGAGAAUGCAGCAGCAGGCCCAGCAGCAGCAGCAACAGCAAGGCGGCGGUGGUCCUCAGCAGCAACAUCAGCACCAGCACCAGCAUCAACACGGCCCCCCAGCCCAAGCCCAGCCAAUUGUUCCCGGCCCUCCGAAUCCGCUCGCCCUUGUGCUGGCCAAGUUCCUUCGCAGCCAGGAGCUUAAGCCACGCACAGUGAUUCUCAAUGGCGAGCGCAAGGACAUGUUCAGAGUCAAACGUGCCCUUCGCGCUCUCCAAUCCGAUGCCUACAAGAAGCUGCGUACCAAGAACCCUGCUCUUCCAGAGAUCACCGAUCGUGCCUCCCUCGAGAAUGCUUUCAAGCUCCUUCCCAUGUCCAUGCUUGCUCUCCGCGUCGUCCAGAUCGACGAGCACGAGGGCCAUGACCACGCCCCUGCCAAGAAGAGCAGCAAACGUGUCAAGGGUCUCUGGACUGUACGCAUUGAACCUCAACAAGAAGCAGGCGAUGAUAUGUACUACGUUUGGCUCUGGGAAGGCAGCCAGGUCAUGCGCAAGGUCUAUGCCGCCCUUGCUCUCCUCAUCAUCUUCACUCUCGUCUGCUACCCUCUCUGGCCGGUCAAGCUGCGCCAGGGUGUGUAUUACCUCAGUUGGGCUUUCCUGGUCUUCCUGGGUUUGUUCUUCGCCAUGGCUAUCUUCCGUGUUAUUCUCUUCUGUGUCACCUACUUCGUUUUGAAACCCGGCUUCUGGCUGUUCCCUAAUUUGUGGGAGGAUGUUUCUGUGGUGGACAGUUUCAAGCCUGUCUGGGCCUGGCAUGAUCCCAACCCUAAGAAGAAGAAGAAGAGCAAGAAGGUCAAGGCCUCAGCCACUGCUGGAGCAACUUUCUCAGCUGCUACUGGCCAAGCUGCCCCUGCUACUGCUUCUGUCAACUCCACAGCUACUCAGAUCGCCUCUGGCCCGACUCCUACACAACGUAGUUACCUGGCACCGAGAGUCGAGGAGCUGGAGGAUGACGAGGAGUAGAUAAAGUAGUUGGGAAAUACGGAGGCGGGCGUUUUGGCGUGGAUAAUGGUAGGAUAACCCUAAGGGGUGGAUGGUUAGGAGGCUACCCAUGGAUGAUGAUGAAUACUCGAGCCUCGGUUCAAUGUUCUAAGCAGGAGAACAAAGAUGUGGCUUUUCAAGUCUCUGUGACACGAAUGUGGGCGGCCAUGUGUGCUUUAUAUUACUGUAUUUUUUAGUUCUGAUUCUUCUUCCGUCACCACAUUCACAUUUGAGAGUCAGCAUAAUUGAUCCUGGGCUGUCACCAAAACAUUAGUGAUCCAUUUCGUCCGUAUCACCAAUGCGCC